UGAUGCUCUGCGCUGGCACGGCACACUUCUCCGCUGCGUUGGGAAAAAAGCGUCGGUAGCGCGGAAUUGCGCCAGCUCGAACCCCUCCAUGGCUACCCUGCCUGCUUCGGAGCGAAGGGCGUUCGCUCUGAAAAUCAACAGGCACUCAUCCGCCGAGAUCCGGAGGCACUUCAGUGGCCUGACCCAAGCUGUCCCACAAUACCGCCACAGCAUGUCCGGAUCCAUCAAUUUCAAUGUGCCUCAGUCCUAUGACGCGGUGGAGCCGCUGGACGUGGAGGAAUUCCUGAUGAUGCAUCUGCGCAGUGGUGACGCCGAGCUCAUGCAGGAGCUCGGCGACUUCCCAGAUGACGAGCCAGACGUGGAGCUGGUGGACAGGGAAUGCCGAACCGUUCGCCACUCUGUCCCCUUGGAGGGAGUUGAACUGGAUCCCCAUGUGAGGGACUGUGUACAGAGUUAUACUCAGCCUUGGCUAAUUGUGAGCAGAAGGUGCCAAGGGGACGGCCUGAGCGCGUACGCAGAGAGAACGGGCUUUCACAAACUACUGCUGAAGCAGACCUUCGAGUCCGACAUCCAGCCCCAGAGGCCUGAGGAACCGGUGAAGUCCCCGUCCCUGACGGUGCUGUGUGAUGACGAGGGCGCCCGGAACACCCUCUCCUCCUCGGACUUCGAUCUGCGGGCGCUGCAGCCGGACCCUCGCCUGGACUGCCUCCUUCGCUUCAGCAGCCCCGAGGAACUCGACCGCUUCAACCUGGAAAGCAGACACGCAAACCGCCAACCCGAGCUCUUCGCCCUCUACCCGCCCUCGGACGAGGAGGACGCAGUGGAGAUCCGUCCGAUCCCAGACUGUCCGAAGGAGCACAUGGGCCACAGGAUACUAGUGCGAUGUCUCAGCAUCAAGUUUGAGAUUGAGAUCGAGCCGAUAUUCGCCACCAUGGCCCUGUACGACCUGAAGGAGAAGAAGAAGAUUUCGGAGAACUUCCACUGUGAUCUGAACUCGGACCAAAUGAAGAGCUUCCUGCGUGGCCACACCCCUCACACAGACAGCUCCACAACAGCAAGAGCUGCCAUCUUCUCCAUCUCCUACCCCUCUCCAGACAUCUACCUGGUCAUUAAGAUCGAAAAAGUCCUGCAGCAGGGAGACAUCAGCGAGUGCGCUGAGCCCUACAUGACCAUGAAGGAGAGCGACACAACGAAGAACAAGGAGAAGCUGGAGAAGCUGAGGAGUCAGGCGGAGAGCUCCUGCCAGCGGCUGGGCCAGUACAGGAUGCCGUUCGCCUUCGCCACCAUUAACAUCAUGAGCGCCAUCAGCACAGUCACGCUGGACCGAGACACCACCGACUCGGACAGCGUUAACGGCAGGACCAAUACGGACAAGAAGGCUUACCUCCCUAGACGCAAUUCGGAGAGGUUCAGCAUUCUGGAGGACCAAUACAACCUGUCCAGUUUCAAACCUGGCAUCAUAACCAUCACCAACUUCUUCAAACAGGAAGGUGAACGACUCAGUGAUGAGGACUUAUUUAAAGUUCUCGCUGACCUUAAGCGGACGUCCAAUAUCCAGCGGAGGGUCAAGACCAUAUCAGGCUCUGUCAAGCUGGACGUGACGCCAGCUCCGGACACGGUGGCUGCGUGUCUGUCCCCUGAGAUCAUCCCCAUAAAGCCCGUGCCGGAGAAAAUCGUACGGCCCAUCAAAGAGGUGCUGGAGUUCCCUUCGAGUGACGUCUACGUCCCUCACUGCAUAUACCGGAACCUGCUGUACGUUUAUCCCCAGAGGCUGAAUAUCGGCAGUCGCCUGGCGUCCGCCAGGAACAUUACUGUGAAAAUACAGUUCAUGAACGGCGAGGAGGCCAGCAGUGCCUUGCCCGUUAUAUUUGGGAAAUCGAAUGGUCCAGAGUUUGUAUCGGAGACCUACACCCCAGUCACGUACCACAACAAGUCCCCGGACUUCUACGAGGAGGUGAAGAUCCGGCUUCCCGCUCGGCUCACCGAGCGCCACCACCUUCUCUUCACGUUCAUCCACGUCAGCUGCCAGGCCAGGCAGAGCCAGAGUGCCAGCCCCGAGACGCUCAUCGGCUACUCGUGGCUUCCCAUCCUGAGCAACGAGAGGCUACAGGUGGGACAGUGCUGCCUUCCUAUAGUCCAGGACCGUCUCCCGCUCAACUACUCCCUGCACUCCCCGGAGAAACUCCCACCCCAGGUGCCGCCCGUCAAGUGGAUGGAGAGUCACAAGGGGCUGUUUAGUCUGGAACUUCAGGCUGUGUCUUCAGUCCAUACGCAGGACAGCUACCUGGAGCGCUUCUUUGCGCUGUGCCACGCCCUGGAGGGCAAGGCCAUGUUCCCCAUCCGCGUGGGCGAAGAGAAGGUGCCGGAACACAAGCUGGAGCACGAGCUAAAGCUCAGCAUCAUAUCCCUGUCGGCUGCGGCACUCGAGCCUCUCGUCCUCUUCCUGCACCUCGUCCUCGACAAGCUUUUCCACCUCAUCAUGCAGCCCAUGGUCAUCGCCGGGCAGACAGCAAACUUGGCCCAGAUAGCCUUCGAGUCCGUGGUGUCUGUCGUCAACAGCCUGCACAGCAGCCAAGAGCUGGCCAAGGACCAGCAGGGCAGGAACUGUCUCCUAGCAACCUACCUCUACUUCGUGUUCCGGCUGCCGGACACUCCCCUCGAAGUUUUCAGCACAGGCCAGGGGGUGUUGCACCAGGAGGCCAAGUACAGCACCAUGGGGCGGGCGACAGCCACGUCCGUGGGCAACAUGCUUCUGCAAUCCCGCAUCCGCUCCAGCAGUAACCCCGACAUCCCCGUGCCGCACAGCACCGAGGAUACAGAGGUCAAGGACAUAAUGGUUGGGAAGGGCUCGGGCCACCCCAGUAGGAUGUCCAUUUUUGUUGACGCUUCCAGCCACACUCAGAGUUCCCCCAGCACACUGCGCCACUCCGGCAGAAAGCAAUUUCACGAAGAGCUCGCUCUUCAGAUGGUGGUCAGCACUGGGGUGUGCAGAGAGAACGUCUACAAAUACGCCUGGUUCUUCUUUGAGCUCCUGGUAAAGAGCAUGGCGCAAUACGUGUCUCAGAUGGACAAGCGGGGAAUCCCCCGGAAGAGCCGCUUUUCCGACCGCUUCAAGGACGACAUCACCACCAUAGUGAACGUGGUGACGGCCGAAAUCGGCACCAUCCUGGUGAAGCAGCAAAAGGAGCUGGAGCAGGCGGAGAAGGUGAACAUCAGCCUGGCUUUCUUCCUCUAUGACCUCAUGUCCCUCAUGGACCGAGGGUUUGUGUUCAACCUGGUGAGGAACUACUGCAACCAGAUGUCGGCCAAGAGCGUCUCCAUGGCGACCCUGAUCAGCAUGAGGCUGGAGUUCCUCAGGGUUCUCUGCAGUCACGAGCACUACCUGAACCUGAGCCUGUACUUCAGCAGCCCUGCCUCUGCGCCCGCUUCGCCCAGCCCCUCCGUUACCUCACAGACCUCCAGUUCAUGCAGUCUGCAGGACCAGAAGCUUGUGGCCAUGUUUGACCUGUCUCAGGAGUUCAAGCAGCAACACUACCUGACGGGUCUGAUCCUGACCGAGCUCAGCGCCGCUCUGGACACGGAGUCGGACGGAGGCAAAGUGCAGCGUAAGGCCAUCAAUGCCACGUACAGCCUGCUGUGCGCUCAUGACCUGGACGCUCGGUGUUCAAAGCCAGAGGUCAGGACCAAGAUCGCUGCUCUCUACCUCCCCCUAGUGGGCAUCAUCAUCGACUCCAUCAACUACCUGGACUUCACAGUGUCGGACUCGCGGGGCAGCAAGGGAAAGGCCGGCGGUCCGGAGGAAGACUUUGAAAACAUCCCUCCCAUCAAUCACUCUGUUGCCAUGGCGAUUGCAGGAAACCCAUUCAACACCUUGGCAAGGAAUGCAAUGGUGUCUAUGGCUUCCGUGUCGGGUAAGAGCUGCAGCACCCUGACGGCGGAGGCCAGCCGCAGCCUGCUGGCUUGCUUCCUGUGGGUGAUGAAGAACGCCGAGCAGGGCCUGGUGCAGCGCUGGCUGGCAGACACGCCCCCCGCCCAGCUGGGCCGCCUCCUCGAGCUGCUCACCAUCUGCGUCUCCUGCUUGGAAUACAGGGGAAAGCAGAGCUCCGAUAAGGUGAGCACACAGGCGCUACAAAAGUCCCAGCAGGCCAAAGCUCGCCUGGAGGAGGCGCUGUUAGGAGGCAUGGGAGCCCGAGGGGAGAUGAUGAAGCGUGUAGGAGCAAAUGACCGGACUCUUGGCCAGAGGGAGAACCUGCGCUGGAGGAAAGACCUCACCCAGUGGCGUCAGACCAACGACAGGCAGGACAAAUCCAAGGCGGAGCUGGACCAGGAAGCCAUAAUUGGUGGGAAUCUGGCCACAGAGGCCAACCUGAUAGUUCUUGACCUGCUGGAGACCAUAGUGCAGGCGGUGGCACUAGGCGACUGUAAGGACAAUGCUGUGGGCGGAGUCCUGCGGGUCCUGCUGCACUCGCUGACGUGUAACCAGAGCAGCACUUAUCUCAGCCACUGUUUCAGCACCAUCCGCGCGCUCAUCGUGAAGUUUGGGGACGUGCUGUUCGAGGAGGAGGCGGAGCAGUGUGCAGACCUCUGCCAGAAAGUGCUCCAGUACUGCAGCAGCUGUGUGGACAGCAACAGGAGUCAGGCCUGCGCUACCCUCUACCUCGUCAUGAGAUACAGCUUCAGCUCGGCCAGUAACUUCUCCCGGGUGAAGAUGCAGGUGACCAUGUCUCUGGCGUCCCUGGUGGGCAAAUCCUCGGACGUGCGGGAGGAGUAUCUGCGCCGCUCUUUCCGGACCAUUCUCUCCUACGCUGAAGAGGACAGUGAGAUGCAGGCCACGCAGCUUCCCGCGCAGGUGGAUGAACUUCUGAAGAACUUGAACAGCAUUCUCUUGGAUACCGUCAAAAUGAAGGAGUUCCAAGAAGACCCUGAGAUGCUCAUGGACCUUAUGUACAGGAUCGCCAAGAACUACCAGACAUCGCCGGACCUGCGGCUGACCUGGCUCCAGAACAUGGCGGAGAAGCACAACGGGAGGAAGUGCUUCACGGAGUCAGCCAUGUGUCUGGUGCAUGCCGCUGCUCUCGUGGCCGAGUACCUCAGCAUGCUGGAGGACCACAAGUACCUUCCUGUGGGUAGCGUCACCUUCCAAAACAUUUCCGCGAACGUGCUAGAGGAGUCCGCCGUGUCGGAUGAUAUCUUGUCACCGGACGAGGACGGAGUCUGCUCGGGAUGCUACUUCACGGAGAACGGGCUGGUGGCACUGCUGGAGCAGGCCGCAGAGCUCUUCAGUAACGGCGGGUUAUACGAAGCAGUGAACGAGGUGUACAAGAUCAUCAUCCCCAUACUGGAGGCCCAUAGAGACUUCCGGAAACUGGCGACCACGCACGACAAUCUGAAGAGAGCCUUCGACAACAUCGUUCACAAGGGUCACAAGAGGAUGUUUGGGACGUAUUUCCGGGUGGCAUUCUUUGGCUCUAAAUUUGGGGAUCUGGAUGAGCGGGAGUUUAUUUAUAAAGAGCCAGGAAUCACACAUCUGCCUGAGAUCUCCCACAGACUGGAGAAUUUUUAUAGCCAGUGUUUGGGAGAUGGCGUUCUGGAAAUGAUAAAGGAUUCCACACCUGUCGACAAAAACAAACUGAAUGCUAACAAGGCAUACAUUCAGAUCACCUACGUGGAGCCCUACUUCGACGACUACGAAAUGAAGGACCGCAUGACCAACUUUGAGAAGAGCUUCAACCUGCGGCGCUUCAUGUACACCACGCCGUUCACGAAGAGCGGCCGUCCGCGCGGCGAGCUGAAUGAGCAGUACAAGAGGAAGACCAUCCUCACCACCAUGCACGCCUUCCCCUACAUCAAGACGCGGAUCAACGUCAUUCAGAAAGAGGAGUUCGACCUCACCCCGAUCGAGGUGGCUAUCGAGGACAUGCAGAAGAAGACCCGUGAGCUGGCGAUCGCCACGCACAAAGAGACGCCUGACGCCAAGAUGCUGCAGAUGGUCUUGCAGGGAUCCGUGACGGCCACCGUCAACCAGGGACCGCUGGAGGUGGCCCAGGUCUUCCUGAAUGAAAUCCCUGCAGACCCCAAGCUCUACCGUCACCACAACAAGCUACGUCUGUGUUUCAAAGAGUUCCUCCUACGGUGCGGCGAGGCGGUCGAGAAGAACAAGCACCUGAUCGCGUCCGACCAGAAGGAGUACCAGCAGGAGCUGAAGAAGAACUACAACAAGCUGAGGGAGAAUCUGAGGCCCAUGCUGGAGAGGAAAAUCCCUGAGCUCUACAAGCCCCUCGUCAAGCCCCGGAUGGAGAACAGGGACUCCAUCAAACGGCACAGUUUCCGCCGGACUCCGGAGGAGAGUUCAUGAUGUCAUGAGACCGCAGUCUCCGGGGGAAGUCAGCAGGGGGAGAGAAUCCCGUCGCUUCGAGGAAACGCGCAGCUCCGCUGAUGUUCCUAUGGCUGGGUUCCCGCACAGUAUUAAAGAUGCUUGAGAAUGUUGCAUAUGUUACAGGUUAAUAUCCAGACAAUCGGAGCGAUGCUUCAUACGGAGCAUUUUAGCCCAUCCUUCCAUGAUCUUCUGGUUUGUUUUUUUGUACCUCUUAUCCAUCUUAGCUCGAUAUCAAACUAGCCAUUUUUGGGGCACGAUUUCAGCAGAUUUCAACCUGGCUGACACAUUGGUAGUUGGCUAAUUUGUAAACUAAUCAACACCAAGCAAUUAUGUUGACAUGUACCAUAAAUUUGAAGCCCAUAAAACAUGGUGUCAAAUCUAGUCCAUUUAUAACUUUGUUUUUAUUUAAUCAGUGAAUAUUAUUGUAACAUCAUUCCAGCAUAAGUAGUGUUCUCUAGCAACUACCAAAACUGAACCAGUUGGACUUUUGCAUAAGUUGCAUCCUCAGUUGCACAUAAAACUUUCCACUGAAACAGAACUCUUGGCAGUGUUGGAUGCUCUAAGCCUUGAUGUCAUUAGAUGUCACUGUCUGAUCUAAUGCAGUUGAAUUUUGUAAAGUCUAAAGUCAGAUGUAGAAAUGAAAAUAUUGUUUUGGAACACACUGUCUAUUUUGAAGGUUAACAAAGUUUGUAAUAUUUUUUUAAGUAGAAAUAUAUGAAUAAAUGUAUAUAUUUUUGCUUUAUUUAUAGAAAACUAGAUAUUUUAUGCUUGCUCCAGUGAGUCAGUUAGAUGGGGGGGGAGAACACAAUUUCAAAAGAUUAAGCAUAGAGGAUCAGUUAAGAAGGUGUGCAUUGUCUGCCAUUUUCUAUAUAUUUUAUUAGCUGUAAAUGUAUACUUCGUGUAGGUCUUUAUUUUCCUGUGCAAAGCUAUCACCAUGAUGCUAUAGUUACACACAUUGUCCCAUCACAGAUGGCUGUCCUGUCUCCUCGAAAGCUGUAACCAGUAUCGCAUCAUUUUCUGUUACACGUGUUGCUGCUCGUAACACUGAAAAAUCAAUGGCUUUAAACGGCUGUUCUUUAGGUGCAUCAGUGCUCGCGAAAUCAAUAAAGACCUUCUGGCAAUUACAAGACCUUCCAAGUUGUAAUUUUCCAGCUCCAAAACAAAAAGCUAUCGCCGCCCGCCGUGCACGCUUUCGCUGAGACGACAGCGCUCGGGCAGCAAACACGUGGCGAGAGGAGCAACGCAGCCAUGCUGGACGCCUCUGCGUCUACGGCGCGCUCUGAUGACGAAGUUAAACAUGCGACGGCGUGCUGGGUGCCUCCUGGACUCUGUAGUCCAGCGGUUUGUGGAAGAGAAGCUGCUACGGCGACCGUACGCUAAACUGUAUACCUUUUAUCUGGAUUUAGUCUACACGUAUAUGGCAGCUACGUUAAGGUGUGUGGGAGCACUACAGACUCUUUUCUGCGCUGAUCCGCUUAUUCAUAGCCUGCGGUUUGUAGAUCACGGGAUCUGCAAUAAGUUGGAAACGUACCGCAUGGCUUUCACAUGUAACGUGUGUGUGACUAAGACAUUAAUCUAAAGGAGUGUUUAUCUUUUGGGGAAAACCGAUCUUUAGUCGUCUUGACUGAGUUUCCUGUUAGAGUUUCUAGAACUUCUGUAUGUCGAUUAAAUUUGUUAUUCUCAGAUUGACGUAUUGUAAAUUGUUUUAGGUGCAUCUUGACAGCGCUAAACCUGUUCUGCAACCUGUAAACAUGAAAUUAAUAAAGUGUUAUUACUUCUGGA